AGAGCGUCAAAACCCUAUUCGUCCCCGGCCCUAUUUUUGCCAGCCAUAGCCCCUGUUUCAUCUGCGUUAUCGGUAUCAAAAACCCGUUCAAUUGAUCUGAAGAAAGAUCUUGCCGAUCUAUAACUUUCAUCUACUAUGUCUCAGGUGGAUAACAGAAACUCUUCUGCAGCCAAGCGUGCUCGGACUGAUGGUAGCCGCCGGGAAGAUGAUUGGACAUGUCCAAGCUGUGGCAAUGUCAAUUUCUCAUUUAGGACUACCUGUAAUAUGCGUAACUGUACACAGUCCAGGCCAAUUGAUCACAACUCGAAAUUGGCUGCAAAGCCUGUUCAAGCCCCACAGAGUUACUCUUCAUCAGCCCCCUAUCUAGGUUCUGGUCCACCCCCUUCAAUGUAUCUGGCUAUUCCACCAUAUGGUUCUUCACUCUUUAAUGGACCAUCUCUUCCUCCCUAUGAUCUUCCAUUUUCUGGGGCGUCAGGAUAUCCUUAUGAUUAUGGCAGCCGUCUUUCAUCUGGAAGCCCUUAUGGACCACUGCAUUUAUCCGGACCAUCUCCAUAUCCCAGUGGAUCUAUGCUAGGAACUGGAGGGAUGUACAGCAUUCCCCCUCUGAUGGACCGUUAUGGCCUGGGUUUGCCCAUGGGUCAUGCCCCUAUGGGGACAAGACCAGGAGUUUUUCUGGGUGAAAAUCCUCAAAAAAAGGCUGCAGAAAUAACACGUGAUAGUGACUGGACGUGUCCCAAUUGUGGAAAUGUGAACUUCUCUUUUAGAACAGUUUGCAAUAUGAAGAAGUGCAGUACCCCAAAGCCGGGAUCCCAGGCUGCCAAAUCUGAGAAAAACUCCAAACAAAAAAUGCCAGAGGGUUGUUGGAAGUGUGAGAAAUGUAACAACAUAAAUUAUCCAUUUCGGACCAAGUGCAACAGGCAGAAUUGUGGUGCUGAGAAACCAUCUGAGACAAACAAGUCCCCUGCGCCAACAUCUGAAGAGGACGAACAGUUGUCUACUGUUCCAGUGAGUACUAGAACACUUUGAGGGUUGAGAAGGUCCAGAGUCAUCGUCCGGCGUUGCACAAUUUGGGUGUCUGAAAGUCAGUCUUGUUGUCAUCGUCGUGUUGCAGCGGUUGUUGAGUUACUCUGCCAUCUCAUGAUCAGUGUCAAUCUUGUUGUAUUAUCAGCAACCCUUAUUGCUGGUUUUUGAUUCUUGGAAAAUGGCUUUUAUGGUCUUGGUGGAUCUUUUUCAUUCAUGUGUCAGCCAACUAAUUUGGCAUGAUUAUCGUACAUGUUGGUUCUCCUGUUUGGUUUCAGGUAGGCUUUUGUACUUUGGAAAUUAACUCAGAUAUUAUAGUGGGUAUGGUAUGUAGAUGUUAGCUAAGCAUAGGAUUCUGCCAGGCUGCAGUUUUUCGUGUUUUCUUCAGGUCUGAAUAGACCAUGCAGUGGGAUCUUAAUAGAAGGUGGCUUAGUUCCAAAGUC